AGUCACUGAGGAGAAAGAGAAGCAACAGGAUGAUGAAGACCGACACGACCAAGACCGUCUCGCUCCUGGCCUUUCUUCUUGUGUUUCUGCUGGUGGAGAAGUCAGAAGGAGGGAAGAUCACUUGGCUGGUACCAGGUGAGAGGGGAGCGAGUCAGGUCUACAAAGAUGACUACAAGAUCCUCAUGGAACCAGAGAACAACGCCAGCGACGAAGAGGUGCAGCUGAUGGGAGCCUACAACAUUCUAAGGAACGUGCUGGGACACAGGCAGGAAGCGCGGCGAAGGCAGGCUGUGAAGAGAGGUUGUGCAGUUUUCCGCGGUGGUAUCCAGGCGUGUCUCAAGGCAUACGAGACGAGAGGGAGGUGGCCGAACAACGAGAGUACAUAAAAAGCCAUCUAGCGGAAAAUCUCAACAUGGCAGUGGACAUUGUGGUCAUCAGGCAGUCGACAUUAGAUACAUAAGCGUUCAAAGAGGCCUGAAAUAUACGCUGUGCCAAAAGAAAAAGAUGUGAAAGGUCAAUUUUAAAUCGUAUGAUUAGAGUGAUUAAUUAGAUGAAAUAAAGAUUUUCCGAAGUUAUAGACUAGUAAAGAAUGGUGCAGGGGACGAAGUCUGCAUGGAAAUUGAGAACGCGUACCUCAGUAUUGACAAGGAAUAAUUUAUGUCUCAAGAAACUGAUACGUUUAUCUUAGAGCUUUAGAGGGUAUGGAAGGCAAUGCAGUAAUUUGUUUGACAAACUUAAUAAAGUUUCAACGAUUUCUGUA